GCGACGGGCUGGCUCAGCGGCCAUUGAUGCGUUUUUAUCUCCGAGAGGACAAACUGAGAUUAAUUCCUCCAUAUCUGCGGUUGUGUGUGAACCGGAGCCAUGGUGUCUCACUCCCUCGCCCUGCCGAUGAUCUGCUUCACCACGCUAUGGGGGCUGGUGGGGGUCGUGGCCCCGUUUUUGGUGCCGAAAGGACCCAACCGGGGUGUGAUCGUCACCAGUCUCAUCCUCACAGCCGUCUGCUGCUACCUGUUUUGGUUGAUAGCCAUCCUGGCCCAGGCCAACCCCCUGUUUGGCCCUCAGCUGAAGAAUGAAACUAUAUGGUAUCUGCGCUACUUCUGGGAAUAAACAAGGACUGAGUCAUGUGACGCCUCCUCCCUUCAUCCCUGUCCCCCGGUUUGCUGGACUCGAUUUCAACGUAACUCCUAAUCAUCAAACACACACACACACACGCACACACAUACACACACACACAUACACACGCAUACACACACGCACACACGCUUCCGAUCAGCAAAACUGGUGGAACAUUUCUUCUGUUCAUCAGGUUUCUUUUCAACCUUUAAGGAUAAUGUAGAGUUUGUGGAGGGGAAGGUUUAGAGUUUAUCGGGACACUCGUUGUGUUGUGUGUUUUGUGAAAUGCACGCAGUACGCAGGAUUUGUGAGCAAAUCAAAUACGAAGAAAGCACUGACUGUUUUUUGUUUCCGUCUGUUAAUGAAAAAACCAGGACAUCAUCUGUUAGGUGUAGAUAUUAAUCGUCCAUCUCUGAAAUGUGCAAUCCUGAAAUACUUUAGUUCACUCUGUGUUUGUUUACAUUUUUUUUUUUUUUUUUGGUUGUUGUGUUGCUGCCAUCAGGGAACAUUAAUUUUCGGUGUGUUUGUAUUUAUUUUGGCCGGCGGACACUGAUGUAAGCCCCUUGUAAUUACCUCGGUGUCCGCGCGGUCUUGUUAUAUAACUGUUAUUUACAUUGAUGUAAUGGUGUGUGUGUGUGUGUGUGUGUGUAUGUGUGCGCGUGCGAGAGAUAGUGUGUGUAUGUGUGUGUGUGUGUGUGUGUGUGUGUGUGUGUGUGUGUGUGAAGAGUUCAUUACUGUGAGUGUUUGGACCGCGGCCAUGAGAAUCUCCCAAAUCUGUAGAAGUGAAGAGCGAUUCCCUCCACUUUAGACCACUUCAGCCUGAAACUCCCUCCCACAUUCCCCUCAUGCUCGACACCGCGGAGGUCCUCGUUGCCAUGGUGAUCUCAUCGCCCAAUUCAGUCCUGCUCCACUCGACCCCUUUUGAUAAAAUCCUGCCCAUUCUACGUGUGUGUACAGAUGCACUGUAGGCUGUGCUGUGGGGGGGACACAGUUUUUUUGGAGAGAUAGAUUUAUAGAUUUGGUUUUAACGUCCAUGAUUUUAAGCCCCCCCCCCCCUGUUAAUGUCAGCCUUUCAGUUACACCAAAUUCCUCAUUUAAACUUUGCCUAAUGAAUUCUUUUGGGGUUUUGCAGUUCUUCAAGGCACAGUGA